AAGCGGCUCCAUAAAUCUCGUAAGCCAAACUAGUCUUUAUCUCGUUCUCGCCAUUCGGAGAAAACCCUAAUCCUAAUUCAGUCCUACGGGAAGAUCUCCCUCUCAGUGAGAUGGCGAAGUCGAAGAACCACACUGCGCAUAACCAGUCACACAAGGCUCACAAGAAUGGAAUCAAGAAGCCCAAGAGGCACAGACACACAUCCACCAAAGGGAUGGAUCCCAAGUUCUUAAGGAACCAGAGGUACGCUAGGAAGCACAAUAAUACUGGUGGAUCUGUGAACGAGGAGGAAGAGUAAACAAUGAAACAUUAUGAUUCUGACGGUUUUUUAGUCUUAGCUUCUGGAGACUAGAAUUUUUGUUUUCUUCUGGAUUAUUUUUGGAACAAAUGUUAUGGUACUACAAUAGUUCUUCGUUUGUUGUUGAAUACUUUCCUGCUUGCAGGAAGUGAUGAUACUUUUAGUUACACUUUGGGGUAAUUAAUGGCUUC